AUGAAGAAGGAGGUGAUCACAUUCUCUGACAUGAGGACGAUAAGCCUAAGCAACUUCAUCAACAAAAUCUUUUCAAGAGUAAUUCAUGAUAGAUUAGUUGGUGUUUUGCCCGAGUUGAUAUCUUCCAAUCAAGCCGGCUCUGUGAAGGGCAGAAGCAUUGUAGAGAACAUCUUACUUGCUCAAGAGAUAGUCACCGACAUCAGAUUGAGGACAAAGGCAGGGCCUAAUGUGGUCAUAAAGCUUGACAUGCAGAAAACCUACGAUAGAUUAUUGUGGAUUUUCUUAAUGAAAGUUCUAAGGAAGAUGGGGUUCAGCGAGAGGUUUAUCGGCAUGAUUUGUGAUAUAGUGAAUAACAACUGGUACUCGGUUUUGUUGAUUAUGGAGGUGCUCACAAAGUAUGAGAAGGCAUCUGGGCAGAAAGUCGAUAAGGAGAAAAGCGCAUUUAUUUCAUAUUUCAGGGUUUUGGAAACAGGAUUCUUGCUUUAUGGUCCUCCAGGAUGUGGUAAAACAUUAAUUACCAAGGCUGUUGCUAAUGAAGCUGGAGCAAAUUUUACACACAUUAAGGGACCUGAAAUUCUGAACAAGUAUGUUGGUGAAAGUGAGUUAGCUAAUAGGACAUUAUUUACCGGUGCCAGGACAUGUGCUCCGUGCAUUCUAUUCUUCGAUGAGAUGGAUGCAUUGACAACUAAGCGUGGCAAGGAAGGAGGUUGGGUCGUUGAAAGGCUUUUGAAUCAGCUACUUAUAGAACUAGACGGUGCUGAUCAGAGGAAAGGUGUUUAUGUGAUUGGUGCCAUAAAUCGAAGGCAGCAAUUGGGAAGCUUACUGGCGUGCACCGAAAGUAGAGCAUAUCAGGCAAAUGGACCGGCAGGACGGAGGUUGGCCCACUACUCUUUAGCUUAUCGGCCUUGCAUUCACAAAGUUAGCUUGGGGCUAGAGGGUUCACUCGAAAUUAUAAAAAAUAUAUUUAUAUAUGAUCAAAAUUAUCUUUUAUGUAUAUAGUAGACCUUAAACUCCCAUUGACUAUUUUGUGUGUUUACUUUUUAUGAUAUUGAACCUUCUUAAUAAAAAUUCUGAUCCAGCCAUUACUUGCAUGGAUUCGCGUAGG